AUCAGCCAGUAAAGAGCCGGGAUAAAAUCGGGACGAUAGCCAACAAGGCGACAAGCAAUUAUAGAAUUGGAUUGGAUCGAGAAGUUCGAGGAGGCCCGAGACGCCGGUUUCGUUUUAUUUUAGCUUAGCUUUCGAAGGCAUCCGGUUGUACAUUCUCAUCGCGGAUCAUCGCAACGAUUAUAAUUCUAGGAACCGACAGAGGAUAAUUGAUAGAAAGGAAGAAGAGCACAGAUCGUCAUCAUGGAGGCGAUUAAGAAGAAGAUUGCGGCGCUGAAGCAGGAGAUGGACGCCGCGAAUGAAAAAGUCGAGACGAAUGAAACUAAACAGAAGCAGGAGAACAUGCGAGCAGACAAGCUGAACGACGAUUUGAGGGACCUGCAGAAGAAGUUGGCUCAGCUCGAGCGAGAUUACACAAUAACCAAGGCGAAUUUAGAGCAAUCAACUGCUGAUUUGGAGCAAUGCGAAAAGUCUUGGUCUAAGGCGGAGCAAGAUCGAACCACGUUGACGAAAAGAGUGCAGGAAAUCGAGGCGUCGCUCACGAAAAAGGAGGAAUUGCGUCUUUCUGCUCAGCUGAAGCUUGGACGUGCGUCAGAACUUGCUGAUGAUGCGCGGAGAAUGUGCAAAGUGUUAGAAGACAGAAGUCGGUUGGACGAGGAGCGCAUGGAAAAAUUGAUGCACGAGCUGAAAGACGCGAGACUAAUCGCCGAGGACGCGGACGCGAAGUCUGAAGAGAUAUCGAAGAAGUUGCAGUUCGUUGAAGAGGAAUUGGAAGGAGCUGAAGAGAGAGUGAAAACCAGCGAAGCAAAAAUUAUAGAACGAGAGGACGAGCUUUUCAUCGUGCAGAAUAUCGUGAAAUCCUUGGAAGUAUCCGAAGAAAAGGCUAAUCAACGAGUAGAAGACUUUAAAGUACAGUUGAAACAGCUGAAGAAAAAGUUGAGGGAAGCAGAGAAGCGUGCUAUUCUCGCUGAGAGAACAGUGAAGAAGUUGUUGAAGGAAGUCGAUAUGAAGGAAGACGAACUUAGAGAAGAAAAGGAAAAGUACAAGGCGGUCUGCGACGACAUGGACGCCACGUUCGCGGAAAUGACAGGAUACUAAAAGCCGCAACGAACGGACGGAGUUUCUUUUUAUUUCGCUAUUCAGAGCUUCUUCCGCUUAUUCGCUACAUUUAACAAUGGACGUCUGUCGGCUGUGUUUCGAAGCUACGCUGAUUUAAUUCGUUAAUAGUGUAUCGUGAAAUAAUGUUUCGUUAAUGGGCUUCGAGAGAUAACUUGCCAAGCGAAUAAUGCAAUUAACACUGCGACUAGAGACCGUUUACACUGCUAGUUUUUUUUUUCUUUUUUGUUAAUGUAAAACCGCUUUUUUUGCUUCGAGCUUAACCACUACGCCAAAAGCUGCGGGGCCGGUGACGAUUGGCCCGUAGUUGCUUCAGAAAAGCAGAAUACCCUCUUUCCGAUAGAAUUCACGACACCGCAUAUUUUUCUUUCAGAGACGUUGAAGGAGGAGUUGCUGAACACGAAAGCAAGCACAAUACCGCG